AUGGAAAAUAAUAAUAACAGUAAUCAAUCAUUGGAAUCAUAUGGUAUUGAAGAUUGGUUAGUCGGUAAUUUAAAUGAAAUAUCAGUAACAGGUUUAUUCCCAGUUCAGCAGGAGAUUGUCCCUUUUAUAAGUAGAGCAGAGGGUCACGAUAUUUGUGUAUGUGCACCAACAGGUUCGGGUAAAACAUUGGCAUAUGCAAUUCCAUUAGUACAGAAAAUUGUAAAAAGAGUAGUUAGAAGAAUUAGAGUUGUAGUUAUUGUACCAACACAUGAUUUAGUUAUUCAAGUUGAAAAAACAUUUCAAUCCAUUAUUAAAGGAACAGAUUUAAUAGUUCAAUCAUUAGGUGUCAAACCAUUUCAUGUGGAACAAAAGCUCUUGGUUAAAAAUCAUUCAUAUGGAGAACAUGCCUUAUAUGAAAGUUUAGUAGAUAUCAUUGUAUCAACUCCAGGUAGAUUAGUAGAUCAUAUUAAUGAAACUCAAGGUUUUACAUUAAAGUAUUUAAAUUAUUUGGUAAUAGAUGAAGCUGAUAGAUUAUUAAGACAGUCUUUCCAGGACUGGUUGGAAAUCGUUAUAGAUUCAACAAAUAAUUUAAAUAAUGAUAUCGGUAACAGUAACAACAAUUUUAUAAAAUAUAAUGAAAAAGGUAAUAUCGAAAUAAAUGAAUUACCAAUUAAUAUUAUAAGGGACAACAAUAAUCAAGAGAAUCAUUUAUGUUGGAGCGAAUUUAAAUUGGUAAAAUUAUUAUUAUCAGCUACAAUGACAUACAACCCAUCAAAAAUUUCACUAUUACAAUUAAAUGCACCAUUAUUUUUCACAACUAGUAAAACUAAAGAAAUCAAAUACACCAUGCCAUCAACAUUAAAAGAAAGUUAUAUAAUUACAAAUCCAGACCAAAAACCAUUAGUUUUAUUAAAUAUAAUAUAUGAAACUCUCAAGAAUGAUUCAAACAAGAAGAUUAUAUGUUUUACUAAAUCUGUAGAUAUCACACAUCGUUUAAAUUCUUUAUUAAAAUUAAUCGGAUCUGUAGAUAAUAUUAAGUUUACCUGUGAAGAAUAUUCAUCAGCAUUAUCAACAACUGAAAGAUCAUCCUUAUUAAAUAGAUUUAAAUCAAAUGAAAUUAAUGUAUUAAUUUGUUCAGAUAUUAUGUCUAGAGGUAUGGAUAUUUCAGAUAUUGACGUUGUAAUAAAUUAUAAUUCACCACCAAAUAUAACAUUAUAUGUGCAUAGAGUUGGUAGAACUGCUCGUGCCGGCAAACAUGGUUUCUCAUACACAAUUAUUGACAAGCAAGAGAUUAGAUAUUACAUUUCAAUGAUGAAAAAAGCAGAAAGAUCUCAAACUCUUCACUGUUUGAAAUGGAAACCUGCAACAUACGAAAAAUUCGAAUCAAAUUAUAAAUUGGCUUUAAAUCAAAUGAGACUAAUUUAUUCAAAGAGAAAAUUGAAUGAGGAAGAAAUUGAAGAAAAUUUAUUAACUGAAGAAGCCCAAAAUCAAAAUCAAAAUCAAGAUCAAGACCCCCAAGAAAAUGAACAAGAUGAAGAAGAGGACGAUGAUAAUAGUGUAAAUAAUAGUAAUAAAAAAUUAAAAUUCGAUAACAGUAGCAUCAAUAGUUUUGGUAAUGAUCAAGAGAGUUUAAUCAAGUUAAAACAAAGUUUAUUAGAAAUCUCUAAAAAGAAAUUAAAAGUAAAUUUUAAUUUAUAA